ACGUACUCUACCUUUGAACGUCAUCCCAACCAGAGCCUGAGAUCUUAUCAUUUUCACUAUGGAUAGCACGCUUUAAAGGCUUUUUCUUAACUAAACACUAUCAACACACGGCAUUCGGCCUUUCAAUACUUCAAGCCUCUACAUAGGCUGACUGACAUCUCCAUGUCGACAGAAACCCAUUACCUAGCAAAUGGGCGAGUCUGGGACUACAACAUCCGCCGAGGCGGACGGGCCAGAGGCUUCUAAGAAAGAUCUGCCUCCCCUGGUAGAAAUCGAUCCCGCUGGCGACAUUGUCUUGGAUGUAACCUUUGAGACUUCCAUCAGUACUCUCAACAAAACUCGCAAGGCUGAGCUUGCUGCCAGCAGAAAAGCUGGUACUCAGCCCCCUGAUCGCUCAUCUUUGAAAUCAAAAGUCCGGGUGGCAUAUCGGGUCAAUUUGGGAGCAUUGAAAAAGCACUCAAAGUACUUUUCAAACCUUUUAUCGAACUCUCAAUUUAGGGAAGCCAAGCUUAUCUCGGAUAUACAUGAGAAGCUUGCCCAGCUUAAGAUCAAAGUCAACGAGGCAGAUGUCGAGGACUUACCCUGGAUUCCCAUCACCGACGAUGACGAUGCUACCAAAGCUGCUGGGCGCGAAAAUGCCAUGGAAGAUAUCCUCAAUAUCAUACACCAGCGGCCAACGAAGACUUCACGUGGAACCAUGUCAUACGUAACCACGCUAGCAAUCGUUGCUGAUCGCUUCGAUUGCGUGGCAGCCGUUGCUCGGGUUCUGAACACCGACCUCAAGUUUAAAUGGCCAUUGACGUCAAACAAACCUCUGCGCAGUGGCGAUGGACGACCUACAGAAACAGAACAGGUCUUGCGUCAAAAGGUUCUGGUUGCGUGGCUAUUAGGACAACCCAUGCGCCUGCAACAGUCAACUCGAGAACUCAUCAUGCGAGGAUCAAGUCUCUGGAGCGAGUUUUAUGAUACUGAUACUGAUAUGACUGCUGCAUGGUGGAAUCUGCCUGAUGGCUUAGAGGAGGAGCUCCGACAUAGGCGUGAGUGUAUCCUCAACACCGUCUCCUCUGUCCAACGGCAUUUCCUCGCACUGUUCUCAUCUCGAGAGAGGCAGUGUAAACUCGGGUAUGACUCGAGUGCGGCAUGUGACUCUUACCAGCUUGGUCAAAUGCUCAAAUUCUUGGUGAACAAGAAUUUGCUCUUCCUCGUUGACUACAGUCCAGCGUCGUUGAACAUGGUUCCUGAUACUGCGAUGAUCGAGAUUGAGGAGCUCCUUUCAACGCUUCAACAGUGCCCGAGUUAUCAGAUUGACAAGCAUCACACAAACUGCGGGUUACGGGUUCGACUGGAACCAAUCCUGAGUUAUAUGCGAUCUAUGCUCUCAGCUGGUGUCAUCGCGAUACCGUAUGCCGACUGGAAAAAGAGGCCGGUUGAAAUCUCGUGGCUGGCUCUUAGAGAACACGCUGUCGACGAUAAAGAUAACCCACCCAAAAAGUUUCAGUUUACACGAGCGAUUGCGAACGAUCAAAGGUUACGUUACGAAGGAGCACUUUAUGUAGACAAAAUGGCAAAGGCCAUGUUCAUGGCAGAUGAAUGGGAUUGGACUCCUGAAAAUUGAUAAGAUAGAACAAGACUUGCUUGUUGCGUGUGAUUGGAUAUAGACCAAGCUAGACUCAUAGAGUCGUUAGAAAGCUAAGUGAAUUAUACAAUGAACCAUCAGCAGAUGAGUCCUAGACUCUCUUGUUAUAUGUUCUCCUAAGCGGUA